CCCCACAAUGCACUGCACCCUUGAGCUGCUCGACGCUCUGUAUAAAGGCAGCCAGGAGAAGAGGGAGGGGUGCCGAGCAGGAGAAACACUGCUUAGACAGGCGGGAGCCGGGGGAAACCUCACUGGAGAGUCUCAGCGCUGAAAGAGGGAUUUGAGCUGGAAGAAUAUCUCGCACCUACCAGGACACCAUGGCAGACAAACUGAAGGACAGCAAGAUCAUCUUCGUUGUGGGCGGACCGGGCUCCGGAAAAGGGACGCAGUGUGAGAAGAUAGUAACCCAGUAUGGCUAUACUCACCUCUCUUCUGGGGACCUGCUCCGUGCCGAGGUCAGCUCUGGAUCUGAGAGGGGCAAGCAGCUGUCCGCCAUCAUGCAGAGGGGAGAGCUCGUCCCGCUGGACACUGUUUUGGAUAUGAUAAAGGAAGCCAUGAUUGCCAAGGCCGACGUGUCCAAGGGCUUCCUGAUUGACGGUUAUCCCCGCGAGGUGAAGCAGGGCGAGGAGUUUGAGAAGAAGAUCGGGGCUCCCAGCUUGCUGCUGUACAUUGACGCCAAAGGUGAAACCAUGGUGAAAAGACUUAUGAAGCGUGGGGAGACCAGCGGUCGUGCUGAUGACAAUGAGGAGACAAUCAAGAAGCGCCUCGACCUAUACUACAAAGCCACUGAACCGGUGAUUGCUUUCUACGAGGGACGCGGCAUUGUCAGGAAGAUUGAUUCAGAAGGUACUGUGGAUGCGGUCUUCAGCCAAGUUGUCAAAGCCAUCGAGUCUAUGAAAUAAAGGCGCCACAAGCGGAAGAAUU